AUGGCUCAGACAAAGCGACGUGUCGCGGUGAUUGGUACCGGUCCCGCGGGUGCUAUCACGACGGACGCCUUAGUGAAGGAACAAGUUUUCGAGACCAUCAGGGUUUUCGAGAGACAAGACAAGAUUGGAGGAACUUGGGUUUUCCAUGGUGACCGACCUGCUCCUCAAAACAUCCUCCUUCCCAUCGAGGGCAGAUCCGCACCAGAGGCUAAGCAACUACCAUUGAGCUUUCCGUGUGAGCUGCCCAAGUCACAAGAUGAUGUUUGGGAGACUGCUGCCCAUGAGAACUUGCACAGCAACUUACCUCCUGAAAUCAUGUGCUUCACACAAGAGCCAAUUCCCGAGGUGGUAUCUGAGCAUAUUCUAGACCACUACGGUGCAGAUGCACCGUUCCGUCACAGGGAGCUCAUCCGCAAAUGGAUAGAGACGAUAAUUCACAGAGGAGGGAAUGAGAAGCUCGUUCAAUUUAAUACCUCGGUCGAACUUGCUGAGAAAGUUGGAGAUCAAUGGGUUCUGACACUUCGCAAGUCUGUUAGAGGCGAACCCAAGGAAUCCUGGUGGCAGGAAACUUUCGAUGCGCUCGUCGUAGCUACUGGCCAUUAUAACCUGCCCUGGGUGCCAAAAGUCCCUGGUCUGGCCGAUUACAAUGCCAAAUAUCCUGGACGAAUCAGGCAUACCAAGCAUUAUACGGAUCCAAGUGAUUACAAGGACAAACGUGUGGUGGUAGUUGGUGGCUCUGUGUCUGCCUUCGACGCCUUACAUGAUAUCAGAACUACUUCAAAACACCCCGUCAUAUCGUCAAUGCGAAAGGCCUCGGCUAUAUUUGGCGCGCCACCAUUCAAACAUCCUCACAUUGAGAACCAUUCAGAAAUCGCGUCUUUUGAUUCUGAAACUGACAGAAUCAACUUUACGGAUGGAGGAUUUGUUGAAGAUGUAGAUAUAGUGCUAUUUGCAACAGGCUACGAAUUUGACUUUCCAUUUUUACCGGAUAUCAAUAUCGUCAACAGAAGGAUUCCAGGACUGUAUCAACACGUAUUCCUUGCCAGAGAUCCGAGUCUUGCUUUUAUAGGCAUGGUAACUGGUGGAUUUGGACUUCGCAUAUUUGAGUGGCAGGGAGUCGCCGUAGCUCGAGUAUUUGCUGGAAGAGCAAGAUUACCUUCACGGGAGGAAAUGGAAAGGUGGGAGAGUGAGAGAAUCUCAGUAGUUGGAGACGGCAUCCCAUUCUGGGUCCUCAACCCAGACUUCGAGACUCCUUUUGAAUCUUACCGGGCCCUUGCCGGAGAGCCAGCUCCAGGUACAACAGGUAGGAUCUUACCCAAGUAUGAUCCACAAUGGGCAGAUGCUUUUUGGGGACUCGUAAGCUACAGAACAAAGUGGUGGGAGAAGGAGGGAAACGAGGCUAAGGCCAUGAAAAACUCAUAA